AAAUAUUAUCAGUAGAUAAGUUAUUAGUUAUCUUUGUUUUGGAUAAUUAUAUAUAGACAUUAAGUUUUCACAGCAGUAACCAUAUUUUUCUGCAUUGUUGUGCACAAUAAAUUGUUGGACAAUUGGCAGAGUAAAAAAGUAACUGAAUAUAUAGUAAUGGUUAAAAAGAAGAAUUUUUCACAGUAAAGUAAGGUGAAAAAGUGAAAAAACGAAAAAGCCCUGAUUCCGCAUCGUUUCUAUUUUCAGCCGAAGGGCUUAUACUAUACGACAUUCUUCUUCUCCAAUAGUUUUCAUUUCCUGUUCAAUCGGUCGAAAAUCGAGGGGAGGAACUCCGACGAAGAAGAAACAGAACGUUUUCAGUGCGUGAUUGUGUGAGUGAAGAUGAGCGGAGUUGUGAAGAAGGUGGCUGACGCAACUUUCAAAGCCGGAAAAUCCAUCGAUUGGGACGGCAUGGCUAAACUCAUCGUCUCCGACGAGGCUCGCAAGGAGUUCGCCAAUCUCCGCCGCGCAUUUACCGAAGUCAACUCCCAGCUUGAAACUAAGUUCAGCCAGGAACCCGAACCCAUUGACUGGGAAUAUUACAGAAAGGGAAUUGGAACAAAAUUGGUUGAUAUGUACAAAGAAGCAUAUGAGAGCGUUGAGAUUCCUAAGUAUGUAGACACAGUUACUCCAAAGUAUAAGCCAAAAUUUGAUGAACUGUUGGUGGAGUUGAAAGAAGCUGAACAGCAAUCUCUGAAGGAGUCAGAAAGACUAGAAAAGGAAAUUGCUGAUGUUCAAGAGUUGAAGGUAACAUGCACCUUUUUUCGUGUUUCAAUGAAACUCCUCCAAUCUUCCUCUUCUUUUUUUCUCUUCAUCAAUGUGAUAUCUUACUCUUGUGCUGCAUGAGCAACACUUCUGUCAUUUUUUGGUGUAUCAUAUAUUGUAUCGAUGUGGUUUUACAGAAGAAGCUCAGUACCAUGACAGCAGAUGAGUAUUUCGAGAAGCACCCAGAGCUGAGGAAGAAGUUUGAUGACGAAAUUCGAAAUGAUUAUUGGGGUUAUUAGAUCUGAUUUCUUGUAACAGCUGUCACGAGUAAAUCCUUGCUAUGAGGCAACCAAUUUGAGUUCAUGCUCAGUGUUGGAGACUUGGAAUAAGAAAGAACGAACUGUAUGUCAUUUAAUUGCGUUUGUUCAGAUACCUCAGUAGCGAUGAUGAUGAUGAAUAUGAUUGGUUCAGUACAACUGAUUCCAUGGUUGCUUGCUUCAACCCUACAAUGAUUCUUAUUUUGUUGAUGUUGUUUUGUGUUUCUUUAACAUCCUUGUUACUUAAAAUAAUUUUUUUUUAAAUAGUCUUAUUGUUCCUUUUUUUUUUUUUUGGAAAAAAAGAAAAGCAAAUGCCUUGAUGCUUGGGAAAAUUCAGUAUGAUGCUAAUUUUUUAUUUCUUAUUUACGUCCAGAAGCUUUCAUACAGAAAGCCAAAACAAACUUUCUAAUGUGAACAACUAAUUACUUAUUCCAUUUCAGGAAAAUGAUUUAUUUUGUUAAAUUAUCUUUAUUGGACUUAAAUAGUUCAAUUAAGUAGGCUGAUUUUUGGAACAUCGGAAAAUAUAGUUUAUGCUUACAACAAAUUUCUAAUUUAGCACUUUUCGUUUGAAUAAAAUAAUUCACAUCAGUAUAUAAAUUGUAUUGUAUGCAAAUUAUUAGU